CGUCGAAUCGUUGUGCGCUAAUGUGCUAAACUCUCCUUCGCCAAUCGUAGCUGCGGCGGCGCUAUUCCUCUUAUCCCCGUCUAACAAAUUGAGAGAGAGAGAGAGAGAGAGAGAGAGAGAGAGAGAUCCGAUCGAGAAAUGGAUGAGGGCGAUCAGAACAGACCAGUAAUUUUCAAGGACAUAAGGAGAUAUUACUGCGAGUUCUGUGGUAUUUGCCGCUCUAAGAAAGCACUCAUCUCCUCCCAUGUCCUUGCUCACCAUCAGGAUGAGCUCAAAGCGAAAGGUGAAUCUGAUGAGUCGAAAGAGGAGGGUCCAAAGAUGCACACAUGUGAAGAGUGUGGAGCGAGCUUCCGGAAACCUGCUCAUUUAAAGCAGCAUAUGCAAAGUCAUUCACUUGAGAGGCCAUUCACAUGCCCAGUAGAUGACUGCAAGUCCAGCUUCAGAAGGAAGGAUCACUUAACCAGACAUCUCCUUCAGCACCAGGGGAAACUGUUUGAAUGCCCUGUUGAGUGUUGCAGUCGGAAAUUUAGUGUCCAAAGUAAUAUGAAACGGCAUGUAAAAGAGAUGCAUGAUCAGUGUGAUUCAAGUCAUAUUGAUAGUCCAAAGCAAUAUGUGUGCUCUGAAGAUGGGUGUGGAAAGGUUUUCAAGUAUGCGUCCAAAUUGAGGGCACAUGAAGAUUCACAUGUUAAGUUGGAGACAGUUGAAGCAAUUUGUACGGAACCAGGAUGCUUGAAAUAUUUCACAAAUCAACAAUGCCUUAAGGAACAUAUUCAGUCUUGCCACCAACAUAUUGUCUGUGAGAUCUGUGGGACAAAGCAACUGAAGAAGAAUAUGAAGCGUCAUCUUCGCAUGCAUGAAGCUCAGCCUUCGUCAGAGAGAAUCAAGUGUGAUUUCGAGGGUUGUGAGCACACAUUUGCAACAAGAUCAAAUCUAAAUCAGCAUGUGAAGGCUUUUCACCUUGAGCUUAAGCCAUUUGCCUGCAGCAUAUCUGGUUGUGGCAUGAGAUUUUCCUUCAAGCAUGUGAGAGAUAACCAUGAAAAGUCUGGAUGCCACUUGUACACACAGGGAGAUUUUGAAGAGUCCGAUGAACAAUUCCGGUCAAGAGAGAGAGGUGGUCGGAAAAGGAAGCUCCCUGUUUUUGAGACUUUGAUGAGAAAAAGAAUCUUGCCACCGAGGGAUACUGAUCCUAUUAUUGAACAAGGUGCAGAUUACCUGUCAUGGAUGCUUUCUGCUGGAUCUGAGGAUGAAUCUUGAGUUAUUAUUGCUAGCUGAUUUAUAUACUUAAAUGUAUUUGUGUGUAUAGUUCUUUGCAAAUUGCAAUCCAAGGGUAACUCUUAAAUUACUAUUGGCCUGUGUGUAGCUGUAUUUAUUGUCCAAAAGUUGUACUACAUAGAUGUAUAUUAAAUGAAUUUUUGCACUGGAAAUUCGCUAG